AUGGCAUCAUUAAUGCGAGCCGUGGACAUCCGGGAUGGCAAGGGUGAUGCGGACGCCCUGUUCAUCAACGACAAGACGGCCAAGCCGACGGCCGGAGCGGGCGAGGCGGUGGUGCGCAUAAAGGCCUUUGGACUGAACCGCAUGGACCUGCUGCAGCGCCAAGGCCUCUAUCCGUUGCCGCCACAGGCGCCGGCGACGAUGGGAGUCGAAUUCAGCGGUGUAGUCGAGUCGCUGGGUGAGGCCGAUUCGGCAGACACGGCCAGCUUUGCCGUGGGCGACGAAGUGUUUGGGCUGGCGUACGGCGGCGCCUAUGCCGAGUAUGUGCGGGUGUCGACGCGGAUGCUGCUACACAAGCCGACUUCGCUGGGCUGGAACGAGGCCGCGGGUCUGCCGGAGACCUGGCUGACGGCCCUGCAGGCGCUGCACGAGGUGGGCGGCUUCCGCAGCGGCAAUGAUGGCCAGACGACGUUGUGGCAUGCCGGCGCGUCGGGCGUCAGCAUCGCCGGCAUUCAGCUGUCCCGGCGAGCCGGCGCCAAGGCUGUCUAUGCCACGGCCGGCUCCGAUGCCAAAUGUGCCUUUGUCGUCGACCAGCUCGGCGCCACGGCCGCCUUCAACUACAAGACCGAGGACUGGGUGCAGAAGAUGGUCGACGCCACAGAUGGCACCGGUGUCGACCUGAUUGUCGACUAUGUCGGCGCAGACUACUUCCAGAAAAACCUCACUGUUGCUGCACGUGACGCCCACAUCGUCCUGCUCGCCUUUCUCAGCGGCGCCGUGCUGCCGGCCGGCGUCAACAUCAGUCCUCUACUGAUCAAGCGCGUGCGCAUCGAGGGCUCGUCGCUGCGCAGCCGCGACCUCGACUACCAGUCCCGCCUACGCGAUCGGCUCGCCGACGUGCUCCCCGGCUUCCACAGCGGCGACCUCCGCAUUUUUGUCGACCGCGUGCUGCCCUGGACCGAGAUCGUGGAGGCACACAAGUACAUGGAGGCCAACAUGUCGAUGGGCAAGAUCAUCUGCACGAUUCCAUGGUAG